AUGUUAAAACUGCUACUUAUUGUCGGCGUAAUUUUGGCAGAUAAUGUGUACAGUCAACGAGUAACUGAAUGCAGAGAAUAUUCUUCAUAUGUUCAGGAAAAUAAUGACUGUGGUCAUAAGAUAGUAAAACGCAUUGCCGGAGGAGAACGUGCUGCAAGAAUAGAAUUCCCACACAUGGUAAGAAUAGGUUAUGCUUCAAAAAUCGUAAACACAAGGUGGUUAUGUGGGGGAUCGCUCAUUAGCGAACAGUAUGUUUUGACAGCAGCACACUGUUUAUCCGUCCUGAAUAACGAUGCAGAAGUUGUGGCUUUAGGAGUGACAAAUCUUAACGACACUAACCACAAGCAAGAAAUUAAAAUCGCUGAGAAAAUAAUUCACCCUGAAUACCAAAAGCGUUUUCAAUAUCACGACAUCGCGCUUAUAAAAUUGGAGAGGCCUGUAGAAUUAGAUUCUCACAUUCGCCCCGCUUGUCUGUAUUCAAACUCCCAGAUCAAGGUGGAAAAAGCUAUUGCGACAGGAUGGGGCAAAACAGACAUUUUUGCAGAUGGAUUAAGCGACGGUUUGCUCAAAGUCACACUAGACAUUAUCGAUAACAAUUUAUGUAAUAAAUCAUUUCGGCGCCUAAAAAUACCAAAUGGUAUUAGAAAUGAUACACAAAUUUGUACGGGAAGGGACACAAGGGGCAGGGAUAUCUGUGUGGGUGAUACUGGUGGUCCAUUGCAGAUAUAUCAUUCAGAGGACGAUAUUUUGUGCAUGUAUGAUGUCAUAGGGGUGGCGUCGUUUUUAAACGGAUGUUUUGGUGAGGCAUCAGUGUAUACACGAGUGUCGUAUUACCUUAAGUGGAUUGAGGAUAUCGUUUGGCCGGAGAGCUCUUAA